AUGGAAAGGGCCCUGAAUUUGAAGUCAAUGUAUCUGAGGGAUCCCGUGCAUGGUCCCCAGAAUGUUGAGAUUGUGGACAUCCGCUCCAGACAGCUGACCCUCCAGUGGGAACCGUUCGGGUAUGCAGUGACUCGUUGCCACAGCUACAACCUCACAGUCCAGUACCAGUAUGUAUUCAACCAACAGCAGUAUGAAGCUGAGGAAGUCAUCCAGACAUCGUCCCACUAUACCCUGAGGGGCCUCCGCCCCUUCAUGACCAUCCAGCUGAGGCUUGUGCUCUCCAACCCAGAGGGGAAGAUGGAAAGUGAGGAGCUUGUGGUGCAGACAGAGGAAGAUGUUCCUGGAGCCGUUCCACUUGAAUCCAUCCAAGGAGGGCCCUUUGAGGAGAAGAUCUAUGUCCAGUGGAAACCACCCAAUGAGACCAAUGGCCUGAUCACACUCUAUGAGAUAAACUACAAGGCUGUGGGCUCCCUCGAUCCCAAUGCUGACCUUUCCAGCCAGAGGGGGAAAGUCUUCAAGCUUCGGAAUGAAACCCACCACCUCUUUGUGGGCCUGUAUCCAGGCACAACCUAUUCAUUCACUAUCAAGGCCAGCACAUCAAAGGGCUUUGGGCCUCCCAUCACGACUCGAAUCGCUACCAAAAUCUCAGCUCCUUCAAUGCCUGAAUAUGACACAGAUUCACCUUUGAAUGAGACAGACACAACCAUUACUGUCAUGCUGAAGCCUGCACGGUCCCGGGGUGCACCUGUCAGUGUCUAUCAGCUGGUCGUCAAGGAGGAGAGACUUCAGAAGGCUCGGAGGGCCGCAGACAUCAUCGAGUGCUUCUCAGUGCCUGUGAGCUACAAGAAUGCUUCCAGCCUGGAUUCUCUACACUAUUUUGCAGCUGAAUUGAAGCCUGUCAACCUGCCAGUUACACAGCCAUUCACGGUGGGGGACAACAAAACCUACAAUGGCUAUUGGAAUGCUCCUCUCUCACCCUUGAAGAGUUACAGCAUCUACUUCCAGGCUUUGAGCAAAGCCAAUGGAGAAACCAAAAUCAACUGUGUUCGACUGGCAACUAAAGUAAUGGGUAGGCAACAGGUGACCACGGGGACUCCAUUCUACCUCCUGAGCACAGGAGCAUCCACACAGAAUUCCAAUGCUGUGGAACCUGAGAAACAGGUGGACAAUACAGUGAAAAUGGCCGGAGUGAUUGCCGGACUCCUGAUGUUUGUCAUUAUCCUCUUGGGUGCCAUGCUCACAAUCAAGAGAAGAAGAAAUGCAUAUUCCUACUCCUAUUACUUGAAACUAGCCAAGAAACAGAAGGAGACUCAGAGCAGCACGCAGAGGGAGAUGGGGCCGGUGGCAACAACCGACAAGACCACCACCAAGCUGAGCACUGCUCGGAAUGAAGAAGGCUUUUCCUCCAGCACUCAGGAUGUGAAUGGAUUCAGCAGCAGCCGUGGGGAAUUGGCCCAGCCCACGCUGACCAUCCAGACCCAUCCAUACAGGAGCUGUGAGCCAGUGGAGAUGUCCUACCCCCGGGACCAGUUCCAACCUGCAAUCCGAGUAGCAGACCUAUUACAGCACAUCACACAGAUGAAGCGGGGUCAAGGCUAUGGGUUCAAGGAGGAGUAUGAGGCAUUACCUGAAGGGCAGACGGCAUCUUGGGACACAGCCAAGGAAGAUGAAAACCGCAAUAAGAAUCGAUAUGGGAACAUCAUCUCCUAUGACCACUCAAGAGUCAGACUGCUGAUGCUGGAUGGAGACCCACACUCAGACUACAUUAAUGCCAACUACAUUGAUGGAUACCACCGACCUCGUCAUUACAUUGCCACUCAAGGUCCAAUGCAGGAAACUGUCAAGGACUUUUGGAGGAUGAUUUGGCAGGAGAAUUCAGCCAGUGUCGUGAUGGUGACAAAUCUCGUGGAAGUGGGAAGGGUGAAGUGUGUUAGGUAUUGGCCAGAUGACACUGAAGUUUAUGGAGAUAUUAAAGUCACAUUAAUUGAAACAGAGCCGCUGGCUGAGUAUGUCAUACGCACAUUUACUGUUCAAAAGAAAGGCUACCAUGAGAUCCGUGAAAUCCGGCUGUUCCAUUUCACCAGCUGGCCUGACCACGGGGUUCCAUGCUACGCCACAGGUCUGCUGGGCUUCGUCCGGCAGGUGAAAUUCCUCAACCCUCCUGAGGCAGGGCCCAUCGUGGUCCACUGCAGUGCUGGAGCAGGGAGGACGGGUUGUUUCAUCGCCAUUGAUAUCAUGCUUGACAUGGCAGAAAAUGAAGGCGUGGUGGAUAUAUUCAAUUGUGUGCGAGAGCUCCGAUCCCAAAGGGUCAAUCUAGUGCAAACAGAGGAGCAGUAUGUGUUUGUCCAUGAUGCCAUCCUGGAGGCCUGCCUUUGUGGCAACACAGCCAUUCCUGUGUGUGAGUUCCGGUCCAUAUACUAUAACAUUAGCAGACUGGAUCCCCAGACCAAUUCCAGCCAAAUAAAAGAUGAAUUUCAGACCCUCAAUAUUGUGACACCCCGUGUCCGGCCUGAGGACUGCAGCAUUGGGCUCCUGCCAAGAAAUCAUGACAAGAACCGAAGCAUGGAGGUCCUGCCUCUUGACCGAUGCCUCCCCUUCCUUAUAUCUGUGGAUGGAGAAUCAAGCAAUUACAUCAAUGCAGCAUUAAUGGACAGCCACAAGCAACCAGCGGCCUUUAUCGUCACUCAGCACCCUCUUCCCAACACUGGAGCUGACUUCUGGAGGCUGGUGUUCGAUUACAACUGCUCCUCAGUGGUGAUGCUAAAUGAGAUGGAUACCGCCCAGCUCUGCAUGCAGUAUUGGCCGGAGAAGACGUCCUGUUGUUACGGGCCAAUCCAGGUGGAGUUUGUGUCGGCUGACAUUGAUGAGGACAUCAUCAAUAGGAUAUUCCGAAUCUGCAACAUGGCAAGACCACAGGAUGGGUAUCGUAUCGUCCAGCACUUACAGUACAUUGGCUGGCCUGCCUACCGGGACACACCUCCCUCCAAACGCUCCCUUCUGAAGGUCGUCCGGCGACUAGAGAAGUGGCAGGAACAAUAUGACGGGAGGGAUGGACGAACUGUUGUCCACUGCUUAAAUGGUGGUGGACGAAGUGGAACUUUCUGUGCUAUCUGCAGCGUGUGUGAAAUGAUCCAGCAACAAAAUAUCAUUGAUGUGUUUCACAUAGUGAAAACGUUGCGAAACAACAAAUCCAACAUGGUGGAAACGCUGGAUCAAUAUAAGUUUGUAUACGAAGUCGCACUGGAAUACUUAAGUUCAUUUUAGCCUAAUGGAACAGGGAACCUUCUGGUAUCUCAAAAGCCCCCUUUUCUCUGAAAGGCAGUAACCAGGGUAUAAGGAAAGAGAGACUGAACAGAUCCUGACACCACAGAGAAGACUUGGGGACCCCUGCUUUCCUCUGUAGCACUUACUGCUUCAUCAAUGGUCUCGUGUUCACCCCAAGAAGCUUAGAGGCCAGACGGGAGAGUCUCCUUUCUAAUGGCCCCAUGUCUGCAGCAUCAUGUUGGAUUUUCCCCACCUGCUCCUGGAGCAAUUGGAAUUUCUGAUCCCAAAGCUCUUGCUUCUUUUGUUAUUUUCAAGUUUGUGAAUCUCAUGUUACUGUCCAUUGGAAAAGCCAAACCCAAUGGAGGAGGAAACGUGGAAGGAAGGAGGCGCGCGUGUCCUCCACAACACUCCUAUCCCAUGGGGGUGGAUUAUAAAGAGCACAGAUCCCUUAUCACAUGUAAGGGAGUCAAGUCCUUUAAGGUCAUUGGUUUGUUGUCUUCUCCUUCUGGAUCCCUGGGUACCCUCAAGCCCAAUGACCUGGACUGACCCAACUGGGCCAAGCCUCCACGUGCCAUUGCUGCCGCAGUGCCAGACUUCAGUGCAUCCUCAGUGCGUCGCACACACACAACCUGCAUGUGGCCCUGUUCCAUUGCCAUCCCCCUAAGCUUUGACCUCAGCUUUCUGUCUUGUUAACAGAACCAGGGCCAAACGCAGAAUCUUGUUAAUAUUAUUUUCUGGGCUUUUGUGGACAGCUGGGGGGAUGCUCAAAAGCUUGUCAGUCCUUCUGUGUGUGUCCUAGAUUGUGCCUGCCUCUUGUGUCGCCAAUCAGGCAUCUUGACCCCUGAAACUUCAGGGGACUCCUAAGUGGUGGCCUACUGAGUUUCUGUGAUGAUGCCACCCCUGUGAAGGGGACAGAGUAUUUUUCAACAGUGUAUCUGAAAAGAAAAU